ACUACAACUGAUACCAGUCAGCUACUGACUGGGAGAGUAUAGAGAGAGAGCAGAGAGCAGUCGACCUCCAUAGUCGACAUAGUCGACAGGACCCGUGUCUCCACAAUGUUGUGAAAAAAAAAUUGAAGGAGAAAUGUUGAAAAAGUGUUCUUUGAUGGAUAUGUGUGACCUUGGGAUUUUAAUCUUCCUCAAAUAAUGGGAUUUAAUGGAUGUUUACACUCUCAACUGGUGAUUGGUGGGGUCCUGGGGCUGCUUGUGUUGGUACAGUGUGAAGGUGACUCGUCAAUGUUCAGCGAUGUCCGUUUCACGACAGAGCCGAGCGAUGUCAUCGUUAACCGGGGUGAGGCUGCUAUCUUUAACUGUGGCGUCCAAUGCAGCACGACGACGCCGGCCGUCCGAUGGCUGAAGGAUGGUAAACCGGUCAACAUGGACAGUGGCAGGUACACCAUCAAAGCCAACGGGUCUUUAUUGAUUACGAGUGUGCAGCAUUCGCGUACUGCACCAAGGAUAUCAGAUAAGGGCGUCUACCAGUGCAUCGCCUCAGUGGAGAAUGUUGGUCAAAUCGUCAGUCGUAAGGCACAGCUAGAUAUUGCACAUUUAUCAAAAACAUUCGACAUUCAACCUCAUGAUAUGACUUUAUAUCUAAGUGAUGUAGCCAUGUUCCGGUGUGAAAUAGAUGGGGCCCCGCCCCCUAAUAUUACGUGGUUUAAGGAUGGCAAUCCACUACAAGAUAGAAAUAAUAUUAGAAUAUUUACUGAUGGUGUUUUAGAGAUUAAUCCUGUAGAAUUUCGAGACUUUGGAUCGUAUCAUUGUGUCGCGGAAAAUUUAGAUAAAAUUAAAGCAAGAUCAAGUCGGACAGCAAGAUUAAGACAGAAUGCAGAUAUAGAUGAAAUACUACAGGGAAUACAGCCAUCAUUUGUAAUGCGACCUAAGAAUACGUGGGCGGAGGUCGGGACCACAGUCAUCCUCUUCUGUGGAGCCAACGGACAAGCAAAGGAGGGGAGACAACCCACUAUAUCGUGGCUUAAGAAUGGAAUCACCAUAGAUUUUACGCAGACACAAGGCAGACUAACAGUUGUCGGGGCAGGAAGUUUACAGAUAUACCAGGUACGAGAGGAGGACUCGGGCACAUUUACAUGUCGGGCAGAGAAUCCCAUAGACUCGGAGGAUGCUGACGCAACUCUUACUGUACAAGUUCCCCCAAUGUUCCGGGACCAACCAGUAAACCAUGUAGCUCAGGUUAAUUCUGACGCCCUUUUCCUCUGCGACAUUUACGGCGUACCAAUGCCGGAGACACGAUGGUUAAAAAACGGACAGUUGGUGAAAGAGCUCAAUGAAUCGGACUACUUUCAAAUCGUGGAUAACAAACAUCUUAGGAUUUUGGGGUUGCUGAAGAAAGACGAGGGGAUUUAUCAGUGUUUUGGAGAAAACUCUCUGGGCAGCAUUCAGAGAAGUGCUCAACUUCUAGUUGUUGAUCUAAUGGUCUCCCCUCCCACCCCUUCUUCCUUCACACGGCCUAUACAUCAUUUAGGCGGUAUCUACGGUGACCAGACACGCCUUCCCUCGGAGCCACGAGAAAUGAGAGCAGCCAUUGUUUCACGGAGAUUUGUGACGUUAUCCUGGAGCAGACCUCGGUCUACAGGAGAAGGAGGGGAGAUAACCCAGCUGAUCUACUCUGUAUACUGGAAAGAAUUGGGGUCUGAAAGAGAGCGGGUCAUGAACACCACACAAUUAGGAGCCAAUAUUCAACACCUUAAACCUAACACAGCCUACGAGUUCCGACUCAGAACCUACAACGAUUACGGACCCAGCCCAACCUUCGCCCGGAUAUCCAUCACAACGGAGAAGGACGUUGAUGUCCCAAGCCCCCCUACAAACGUUGAAGUGACUGCGCUGUCUUCCAUGUCGAUUCAUAUCCAAUGGGAUCCUCCUGUCCAGGCCAAGGGCACUAUAACUAAAUAUGUGGUCAUCUCGUACGAAGUUGGCAAGGACAGUGGUGAAAACCGAGUAGAAGUGCUGGCCACCUCAUACUUACUGGAAAAUCUAAAGAGUUUCCAAGAGUACAGCUUCCGGGUUUUCGCAAGUAACGAGAUUGGAGAUGGAACGAGUUCCAAAGAGUACACAUGUCGGACUUUCUCUGCCAAACCCAGCGACACGCCAAAAAAUGUCUCUGUAGAAACUUCAAGUUCCGAGAGUAUAAUUGUGAGAUGGGAGCCACCACCUGCCGAUUCCCAAAACGGUGUCAUCACUGGAUACAAAAUCAAAUUCAAGAAACGCGGUGACAGUCGUCCUGCAAAAACUGUGACAACAGACGGAAACCGACGUCUCUAUGCCCUUACAGAUCUGAUGAAAGAUACCGAAUACCAGGUGAGAAUUUCGGCACUCACAGUCAACGGGAGCGGCCCCUACGUUCGCUGGCAUAGGGCGACAACUUACCGAGAUGACCUUGAUGAGACGCGAGUCCCGCCCCCUCCAAGGCUGAUACGCGUGGUGCCGUACGAUACGUCCAUUCGAGUGUCGUGGUCUGCCCCAGAUCCCGAAUCUAAGAUUUUGGUGCGCGGCUACAUACUGGGGUAUGGUAAGGGAGUACCUGACUCGUUCAGGUUGACGUUAGAUGCAGACAACCACGUUUACACUAUCGAAAAUCUCCAACCAGCAUCACUGUAUGUUAUGACGGUGUUAGCAUUCAACAACAUAGGCGACGGGGAACCCAAGUAUCAGACCGCCCUCACUAGUGAGGAGACAGUGACAGAACAAGUUACUCCAAUGAUGCCUCCUGUGGGUUUGAAAGCAAUUGUGUUAUCAUCGUCGACAGUUGUACUGACGUGGGCCGACACAUCACUGGGCAAAUCGCAAACUGUCACUGAUAGUCGGUACUACACGGUUCGAUACACAUCACUACCCAAUAACAACAAGCGUUACAAGACCCUCAACUCGACCGACCUCAAUGCUCACAUCGAUAACCUCAAGCCAAACACACGCUAUGAGUUCUCUGUCAAGGUCAUCAAAGGUCGUCGUCAGAGCACAUGGAGUAUGAGUGAAAUUAACAUCACACAAGAAUCAGCACCCUCUUCUGUACCUAGAGAUCUGACACCUGUCCCCAAGGAAGAUAAUCCCACAGCUGUUACAAUGAACUGGCAGCCUCCCCAGAAACCUAAUGGACAGAUUACAGGCUACCUGUUGUUCUAUACGACUGACCAGAGCCAGAGUGACCGUGAGUGGGUAGUGGAGGGAGUACUAGGAGAGAAACUGUCCACCACGGUCAAAGGUCUCACACCAGACACCACCUACUACUUCAAGAUACAGGCGAGGAAUAGUAAAGGUUAUGGACCCAUGUCAAGUACCAUCAUCUACAAAACUCCGGCAAAGGAUGGUACUGGUGGAGGAAAGAUCAGCCCAGACUUUAUUGCACCAGAGAUUAAUUACAACCCGAACGGGAAAGAUAUAGAUGAACAGCCACAAGAGGAUGAUAACAAGCAGAACGACGCUGGCGGCCUGUCCACGAAUGUCGUCAUCAUCAUCGUAACAUGUGUCGUGGGCGCAUCCUUCUGUAUCGUCAUCAUUGUCGUGGCUAUUGUAUUGUGUCAGAAAAGGGACAACGGAGAACGCAACAAACGCCCUCAAGCCGCCCAGCAACAGUCUCCCAGUAAAGGCAAGAUGGCCCAGCGUGACCUAAAGAAGCCUGAUCUCUGGAUCGAUCAUCAGCAACAGUUUGAGCUAAAAAAUGUCGAUAAACCGGAAAGGAGCGAAUCUAUGUUGACGAUGAGCACACUUCGAAGGAAUUCCGUGGAUGGAAAUAAAUCUAUUGAUGAUUUACCGCCAUAUCAUCCAGAUAUUGACAAAGAAUACCCUGAAAUUACCUACCAUCCCCACGGUAACCAUGAGGAUAGGUACACACCUAUGAGACAACAGCCCAUGCAGCACCCACCCCCAGGGCUGAUCCGGCCCAAAGCUACAAAACCACCGAUGAUGAUCGGCGUCGAUACACAGCAGCCCUCACACCGAGAACCCAUCGCCAUGGUGACAGCUCUACAGAGCAGCCAGAUGGGCCAGAUGGACUCGCCACAUGGUAUGAUGCCACACUCGCGGCCAGGCUUCCCGAGGACUCAGUACAACAUGCCAUAUACAACGUCACCACGUGUUAACACAGACCAUUCUCAUAAUAUGCAUGGGAUGCCAAUGGAUCAUAACUAUCAUGUGUCGGCCCUGGAUGACGACGAGUCGAGCGUCAACGAUCCGCUCUUAGACGAGUCCUACAACGCUCGAGUUGGAUAUGGCCUUAUGUCGCCCGAUAUCUGCCCCAAGCAGAGCCAUAGUCUACCCCAUCUGGCUGGGCAUGGGAUCAACCCCAAUGGAGGGUCGGGGUCUCAUCCCCUCCCCCCUGGGGUGUUAUCCCAUACCCCCCACAAGGGUCAGCCGACUGCCAUAAUCUCGCCUGACCAACAGCUGCCUGGCGAGUGCGAGGAACAUAAAAGUUUACCCCGAUCCCUUCACCGACACCCGCUGCGGAGCUUUUCCGUGCCCAGUCCCCCGCCCCCUGGCAGUAAUCCCCUGUCCAGUGUUGCCCUCACCCCAAAACACCAAAUAGUGAAGCCUCAGCAGACAUCAAGUCCGUACAAGAAACCAACGCCACCUAUAUCCAGUGUCCCCAUUAAACCCCGUACAACGAUGCCUAUCAUUAGCACCCCAAAGGCACCGGAUGUGGUGCUGAAAGGAACUCAAGAGGACCCCGAUCUUCAGAAGUCGGUUAGUACAGAAGAGUUGACAGCGGAGAUGGCCAAUCUCGACUGUCUGAUGAAAGACUUAAACGCCAUCACACAGCAGGACUUCGAGUGCUAGCCUUCAAUAUUCCAGGUCAUCAAAGGGCAGACAACUCAUAUGUCAAGACUUCUCAUCACAAAUGUGCACUCAUUUAUCAGAGGUGUGGAUAAUUUAUCUAGACAAGGGCAGAUAACUUAUUUACAUAACUGUACAUCAUUAAGGAGACAUUUCAUGUGUAAAGAGUGUAACUCAACAAGUCAUUUUUUCAUAUAUAGUGUAGCUAUUUUCACCGCACAUUUCGUUAUGUGUAUACAGCCACAUGGACGGAGCCCUGAUCUGCUGAGUACCCAACGAGUCAUUAACAUUGAAAUGAUAAGGACCAUCAUUCUAACAUGUACAGAAAGUUCCAAUGUUCAUGCCCUUUCAUUGAACAUAUCCACGAUUUCAAGUGAGAUGAAAGCAUUUGGUUGCAAAUCAGUAACUCAAUGACUUUGUUUGCAUUGUUAAAUGAUGGUGCCACUUUCUGUGUAAGCAAUGAUGUCACUUCCUGUGUAAGUGAUGAUGAUGUCACUUCCUGUGUAAGCAAUGAUGUCACUUCCUGUGUAAGUGAUGACGAUGUCACUUCCUGUGUAGGUGAUGAUGAUGUCACUUCCUGUCUACAUGAUUGUGGUGUCACACCAUGCUGUUACCACUUCCUCAGAAAUAUUUGCAUGGGUGUUAGAAUAUCGAGUGUGUAUAUGUAUGUAUUGAGGGAAUUGUCUGGCAGUGAGAGAGAGAUAUGUUGUGACUUGCCUGUAUUUUAAGCAUAAAAUGAAUAGUUACACCUGUAAGCUUGAAACCCACUGACCCCUCCGAUCCAGGGAACUCUCACUAUGAUAGACCAUCCCAAUGACGAUUUAAUCAUGAUGCUAUUUAAUCUCAAAAAUAAAAAAAAAAUGUUGAAACACUGUUAAUUUGUACUUUUUUACCCCAUCAAGCUAUUUAUAUUGAUAUGGAAUUUCUAAAUAAAAUUUCAAAAGAAAUGACUGAAAUAAUUUUUAGACAAUUUUGUCUGUUGUUUAUCUUACGAUUGUUAAAUUUAAAUGUUUUUAACACCAAUUUUCUUUUAAAAUGUUUUAUUCCUAUUCAUUUUAUACAACAUUGCUGAUUUUAAUAUAUUUAUGACUUGCUUUGCUGUCAUGUUUAUACCUCGAAUAAUGAAUCAAUUAAAAUUAUGGAAAAUGAAAUUGUCUUGAUAGGUUGUCUGUUUUUAUUCACCUUGAUAUGUAAUCAUAAAACAUAUUGUAGAUAUUUUAAUAAGUUCAUGUUUUACCUUUUUUGUCAAAAGUGUUGUGAUAGAAAUAAAAUCAAGAAGUUCCCCACUUCAUUUGGAGAACUUGAGCCAAAAUGAACACAUUAUGUUACCUAGCAUUUCGUCAAUUUAGUUUUGUUGUAGUAUACGGUCAUUGUUGUUGCUUCUUACCCUUCCAAGAUGUCAAAAAACUUGUUUGCAUUAUUGUAAAUUUUUGUUUAUGGAAGAAUUUUCUCUUUCGUAGCUCAUUUUUGAUGAUGUGAAAUUGAAAUCUUCCAAUAGAGUCACAAAUAUUCACAAAGAUUUUCUUCUGUCUGGUAUCUUGUGUUAAAUUACAGUAAUUUUUGUUUUAAAAACUCUCAAAAGUUUCUUUCUAUUGGUUUAAAAUAUCAAAGAUAUCUCGAAGAAUUUUUUUUUUAUUAUUUUUUUUUUUGGUUUUAGAUAUCUUACAAAUCUAUUUUGGUGUAAGAUAUCGAAAGAUUUUUUUAAUAUAUUUAAGAUAUGUAGGACGUCUUUCUUUUGAAGUGUUUGGAUCUAAGGAAUAUGCCAUACCUGUAUUUACACAAAGUGGUUGAUAAAUAAAUGAUUUUUUUGGGAGAAUAUGUAUUUAGUUGAUUGAUAAAUUAAUGAUUUUUCUGGGGGAGGAUAAGAAUUAGAAUGUUUUUGUUGACGAAGUUACAAUACUUACCUCUACAGUUUUUUUACAAUAUUGAUUUGUCUUCCUGUCCUUUAUGAGGAUUUUCCUGUUUUGUUUGACAUAAUGAUGUAGGACUUUCAAUAUGCUUCUGAUUGAUAUCAUUUUCUGAUGUCACCACUUCAAAUUGUUUUGCACCUUGUUUCGCUAAGAAUAUAAUACAGAUCGUUUGAUAUAUUACUUGUAAUGCUGUUGAAUUUAUUGGGGAAAAGUCACUUUCAUAAGAUGGAAAAAUACAUUAAUAUCAUUUCAUACAUAUAUGAUGGCAUAUCUAUAAUGUUGAAAUGUGUUUAAACGUACAAAAGGGUGUGAGAGAUUAUGGAGUUUUGACAUUGUUGCGAGAGUUGUUGAGGUGUUGUGUGAAGGAUAUCUGUCAAUUAUAGAAUAGGUGAACUUGUAUCAGAUGGAUUAUUUUUAUAAUGUAUAAUUUUACUGUGAAAAUUUUACCAUGUUUUAAUGUGACAUUUUAAAAUUAAGUGUAAUGCUUGGUGCUUAUUUAACUCACCACAAAGCAGAUUUUUUUUUCGCGAAAAUAUUGUUUAAAUCAUUUUUCAAGAUUUUGCAAUAAAAUUUCAUUCAUUAUAUUGUUGCCAUCUUUAAAAAAAAACACGGAACUAAAACCUUUAUUUUAGAGACUGAAAAAGUGCAACAUAUAGGUCUUAUUCAGAACAAAAUGAAAAUAUUCUCAAUAUAAAACAUUGAAUUAUGUUACCCGAAAAUGAAUCUGCUCUGUGGCGAAUUGUUUAACAGGAACAAUCUUAAACAACCAAUGUGUGUACUAGUGUAUACAUGAACUAUUCAUUAGUUCCCACUUAAAAUCAACGUCAGUAAUCUAUUUGAAUGUAAAAAACAGAUAUAAUUGUUAGGUCCCAAAUAAUGGUGCCGUGACCAGGAUAUGAAUUGCCCAUCAUAGGUUACUGAACAUGAUUUUAAUUGUACACUUUCAAUUCCAGUACACACCGGUUUUCUGAAUCAUAUUCUGUAUAAAUUGGUGAAUAAUGAGAAAACAAAUACAUGGGAAAACAAAAAACAAAAAUUGAAAAAGGAUUUUAUUUAUUUGAAGUUAAAAUUCCAUAAAGCUGUAGCGUCAAAUUCUUAAAAAAUAUGUAAGGUAAGAAUUUAAAUUUGGUGAAUGAAAUGUGGUCCUCUCUUUAGAUAAUAAUCAACAUUCAACUUUCAAGGCACAAAGGUUAGAAAAUAAAGAAUUCAGAUGGAAAUAGGAGGGUCGUUGAGUAGAGUUGAAAAUGUACAAGAAUCUAAGCAAAUGUUGGUUGUUUUAUUGUGAUGUCACAUUGAUAAAGACUUAGGUUGGAAGCUUGUAUUUACGUUUUAAUUUUUGAUGGUUUCAAAAUUAUGUAUAACAAAAUAAAUAUCAUUAGCAUAGUUUGUGUCAAUAUUGUAAAACAUAUAUGUAUAUAAAUUUAUACCAACCCGAGACUGGUGAUGUGGAGGUGGAUAUUUAUUUGUAAAUAAGAUUGAAAUGAACUUGUGAGAAACCAAGGUGCAUUAUUUCAUCUUAAAGCAUUCUGUAGUAUACAAUUAUGGACUUUAGCUGAGGGAGACAGGGACAUUUAUGAACCCAGGGUUAUUAACGCUAUCAUAAGUUUGCUAGCUCUAAAAAUACCAUGCAACGUCAUGAGAUUCAGUUUAGUUUGAUUUUAGUUACGUUUGUUCUUAUAUUUAGCCUAAACUAUUUUCCAAAUUUUCUAAGAAGUGUGUAUUCAACAUUUUGAUCGCAAAACAUCAUUCUUUUAACUGAUGUGUCGAUACAAAAUAUUGUUAUGUCGUCACUUUUAUAUGUCCCUGUUUGCCUGAACAAAACAGUAAAGUCAGAGCCUUGCAAUUCACAGAAAUUCAUUAUCGCAUUCAGACAUUAAUAAUGAUUCCUCGGUGAGAUAAUAAUGUAAGGAGGGAAAGAAAAUCUGUUUAUGUACCAGUACAAAUAUAACAUGUUUAUAUGGGGGUAUAAUGGGCCAGUUUAAAAUUCUAUUGAUGAAACAUUUUGCUUAAUGACAUGGAACUGAUUCCGCAUGACACGUUCUGUUAUUGGGUCAUAUCAAAUUAUCGUGUACUGGUAUAUAUUGUUGAGUAUUCACUCAACUAUUACCGUGAUACAUGUUGCUAUGGUAACAACUCAACCGUUGCCGUGAUACAUGUUACUAUGGUUAACACUCAACAGUUGCCAUGAUGAUGCUUCCUCGAUUAUGCAUGUUCAGGUAAAAAGUGUACCUGACGUUUUAUAAUUGUUUGUAUUUGCGGCUUAAUUAUGUUAUAAAAUGUCUGCCAUAUUCAUUGACAAAGGUAGGCUUAUCUGAAAUGUAUACUUCGCUUGGGAUACUAGGGAUAUGAAAUUACAGAAUACACAACCUCAUUCAUGUUUUCUUUUCGAUCCAAAAGUUCUCUAUAAGAAUUAUUGAUAUACAAUUUAGUUAAAAUUGAAUAGUCGUUUCAUAGGAAAUAAUGCGUGAUUUAAAAAUGUUCAUUUGAGGAAACAUUUGCUGAUUUCUUCAAGAGUCCAGAAAAUUAUCAACUCUAAAUUCUCACUAUUUUGAUUUUGUUGCAGUAGGUAUAAAAUUGCUAUUUAAACAAUAUCAAAUUAUCUUCAAAAAUGAUGUUAAAUUUCCUAGUUAUCUACAGUACCAUACAACAUAUAUCAGAUAAGACUAACUUUGUGGUUAUUUACAUGCAUUUCAAGCAAAUUUUCCUUUGUUUCGAGUCUUUAUUAUACAGGGUCACAGUAGAUAUUGUCAAGUUAGCCUACGGUCACGUGACGAGUAACAAACACAUAUUUCCGGUUCAAUAAUUACACAUAUUAUACUGUAUUGAAUAUUUAUGAAUUACAAAUAUUUUAUUACAAACUUUAUGAUUGGUCAAUUAUUUUGAAUUCUUAUCGAAGCAACCGUCUAAAGUAUAAAACCUAAAAUGUGAUUGGUUAAUGUUUUAAAUACUGAAUGAGACAUCAAAACGAAUAUAGAACUUUAUCUGAGGUCACUUUAUCCUGACUGUUCUCGUGACCAAUACUACCCGUCACUUAUAUUUCUAGAGAGAAGUUGUUUUGAAAUUUUUGUCAAUAUUAAUAAAUAUAUUAACACAUAAAUGGCGAACCUGGAUAUAUACAACUUGAUUUCCGUUCUCAAAUAAAAGGUGGCGUAUUUUAAAGUAACCAUAAAAUAAUAUAAGGCAAGGGAAUAUUAUUGAGAAAGGUUUUGUGUUAGUUUCUAUGUUUAUACCAAAUGCUGAAAUACAGCACGGCUAGAUCUUAUAAUGGUCCAAAUCAAAUCAUUACAGAUGAAAUUGAUACUAAUGAUAAUAAUAAUACUUCUAUUCAGUUCAGAAUUUAUUAUUUAAGUCAGGAACUUUUCUAAGAAGUGAAGGACAGGACAAUGUACGUUAUCUACAAUCUGACAAAAUAUUAUCAAGCUCUUAUAGUGUUGUCAUCCGCUUGUCAUCAAGUAAGGAGACGGAUUAAUUGAUGAAUCCUGUUAAUAUUCUUGUAUUAAUGUAUGGAAUGUAAAGGGAUGUAAUAAUAUAUGGUUUAAAUUAAUCUGACAAAAUUAGACUCUAAAACAAUACGUUAUAAUAUAGUACGGUAUUAUCUAACACAAUCAGGUAUAAAUUAUAUUGUUGUAAUGCCAGUGUUGUCUGUGACCCUGUAUAGACCAGCUGACCGAUAGUAUGAUACUAGCCAAAUAUGUAUACAAUGAUCUGUAAAUCACCAUACGUCUGUAAUAUGUUUUGUGAAAAUGAGAAAACAAUUUUGUAGAAAAAUGGACGAAUAAAAUUACAUUUUUUGUA